CCUUAACUAAUGCAAAACAACAACACUUGUUCAUAUAUAUUCUUUUCUUGCUCUGUUUUUAAACUAUAUGUAAAAUGUUUAAUAAACAAAAACAUACGCGCAUUUGUUACAUAAAGUUCCUCAUUCCAAGUUCAAGUUCAGGAACAUGUAUACAGUAACCUCAGAAAUAUAUAAGGAAACAAAUUUCAAACCCAUCAAGGGUAAGGAUGGUAAAGUGACAUCUAGAUUUGAAUUUGUUUACCCCGAUGGAGGAGUUGCAGCGCCAAUUGUGGACAAAGAUGGUGACUUGAUUGUGGCGAGGAAAAGCAAUAGCAGUGAUGCUGAGAAGUGUGGAAUCAUUGAAUUACAACACUCGGAGGCAACUGAAAUUAAGCUAGUGGGACUGCAGGUGUGGAGAGGUGCCUUAUUGUUGGCCGAUUAUAUCUUCCAUAGAAGUGAUGAAUUCAAAGAUAAAAGUCUAAUGGAAUUGGGGGCAGGCGUGGGUUUGACAAGCCUGGCUGCAGCAAUGUAUGUGAAAAAAGUGGUAUGCACAGAUGUGGAUAUUGGGGGUAUCUUGGAUUUGAUUAGAAACAAUGUUAAGCUGAACCAUAAUUUGUGUGAUACCCGAAAAAUAGAUGUCAUGGAAUAUGAUUUUAUGAAGCCAUUGAGUGAAUAUCCACAACAAUUACUGAAGGCCAUUGAUGAGAGUGACAUUGUGGUGGCGGCAGAUGUUAUUUAUGAUGACGAUUUAACCAAUGCCUUCAUCAAGGUAAUCGAUGCCAUUUUCCAACGCGAAGAAACGAGCGGGAGACGGAAAGAAAUAUAUGUGGCCUUGGAAAAACGUUACGUUUUUACAUUCUCUGAAAUGGAUGCUGUAGCGCCAAUGUUUGAAUAUUUUCUCAAACAGACCUUGCACAAACCUUGGAAAUUCAAAUAUGUCGAAACAGAUUUUCCUCAGUAUUUCAAAUAUGAACGCUGUAAGCAUUUAGUUUUGUUGCAAAUUACAAAAUCUUAAAAUGUGUUAUUAUUA